UUUGAUACUGAGAGUGCUCACCGUAAAGGCGGCUGUUACAAACGUUACCGCUGAAUCUGGAGAUUUAUGGAGUAUGGAGGAUGAGUCGUUUAUGAGUGAUGUUGAAGAUUAUGUUAAGCAUCAUGAUGUGCAAAAACUUCUCAGGGACUGUGUUGUUAACUUGUGCCUAUACCGUCCCAGUAAUCCAGUAGCAUUUCUUCGUGAAUAUUUUGAGAAGCUCGAGGUUUGUAAUGUAAAGUGUACUGAUUCAUCUACUAGUCAUGUAACUGGGUCCACUUCUCAUAAACAAGUAGAACGUAAUGAAAAUUCACACACAUUUUCUACAUCAAAUACCUCCAGUCUUCCUUUCAAACGCGAGGAUAAGAGUCACGAAAGUGGUUACUUGAGUGUUGUCAUUCCCUCCGUAAGCUCUCAAAAUUGUGAUCGGUCUUCGGAGAUGAGUAACCACCGAUACUCCUGCGAUACGGAUAAUUUUAUUCCUAGUAACACUGGAAGAUGUUUAGCCGAAACUCCUUUAAAGGUUGAUGGUAGUCACGAAUUCAAUAGUUCAAAUGAGGAUGGAAAUUGUUAUGAUGGAGGAAAUGGAACGAAGGGCUUAGUAGCUGUGUCACCUUCCGGUGCUAGUUUGACUAGACGUCGAUCUCGAAGAGGAGCAGUUAGCGGCGAAGUUUAUACAGAAGAAGAUGCUGCAUCUUACGUUAAAAAGGUUGUUCCGAAAGACUAUAAAACGAUGACAGCUCUUUCAAAGGCUAUCGCCAAAAAUGUUCUAUUUUCUCAUUUAGAUGAAACAGAAAGAAGUGAUAUAUUUGAUGCCAUGUUCCCUGUACAUCGUAAUCCAGGUGAUGUGAUUAUUCAACAAGGAGAUGAAGGUGACAAUUUCUACAUUAUCGAUCAGGGUGAGGUUGAUAUCUUCCUCAACAAUGAGUAUAGUAGUACGAUUGGGGAGGGAGGUAGUUUCGGUGAGCUGGCUCUCAUCUAUGGUACACCAAGAGCAGCUACGGUUAGGGCCAAAACCGAGGUUAAAUUGUGGGGUAUUGAUCGGGAUUCUUAUAGAAGAAUAUUAAUGGGGAGCACUAUCCGUCGUCGAAAAAUGUAUCAGGAAUUCUUAUGUCGUGUACCUAUUUUAGACAAUCUUGACAAAUGGGAACGAUUGACUGUAGCAGAUGCUCUGGAGCCGGUCCGUUUUGAAGAUGGUGAAGUUGUUGUGCGUCAAGGUGAACAUGGUGAUGACUUUUUUAUCAUUACAGAGGGUACAGCUGCUGUUUUACAGAAACCAUCUGAAUCGGGUGAUCAAGUUGAGGUCGGUAAAUUGAGACCAUCAGACUAUUUUGGUGAGAUCGCUUUACUACUUGAUCGACCACGUGCAGCCACUGUUGUUGCCCAAGGUACUCUGCGUUGCGUAAAACUUGAUCGCAAGAGAUUUGAACGAGUCAUGGGUCCCUGCUCAGAUAUUUUGAAACGCAACAUAGCUAAAUACAAUAGUUACAUUUCUUUAAGUGUAUGAAUCUGCAGUUAAUCGUAGGAUACUUACAGUUUCAGAGAGGUAGUCCAACUAUUCCAAAAUGAAAGGUUGAAUCCAUUCAGUCUGAAUUCAAAGGAGCUACCAAUCUUGCAGGAAGUUUACUCAUUUAACGCUAUUGAAGGUUACUUAUUUUGCCGUGAACAUUAUCAAUGGAUACCUUAUUUACUGAUCUUUGACAUAAAUGUAUGUUACAAACGCCUUAGAUACUUUUCAAAACAAAUAUGGUUUAAUAACAG